AUGACGGCACCUUGGAACGAGCUUGCUACGGCACAUCGUGCAAAUCAGCGAGCAUGUAUCAAUAAGGACUGGCUUUUGUCACCAGAAUUACUCGCGCAGAUAGCGGGGACUGGUCAGUCUGAUGAAGGAGACUUGAUUGCGCGCCGAGCAGUAGAUAAGUCGGGACUUCUGACAGACAAAGAGAUCGAGAUCACAGAGCGGUAUAGCGUUAGGGGCCUGCUGGAAGAAAUGGCAACAGGAAUGAUGAGUGCUUUCGAGGUGACUCAGGCAUUCUGCAAGCGAGCGGCUUUAGCUCAGCAACUGACGAGCUGCUUGACCGAGAUAUUCUUCGAUACGGGUCUUCAACGGGCCAAAGAGCUAGAUGCCUAUUUCUCCAAGCACAAAAAGACCAAAGGUCCACUUCAUGGCCUUCCCAUCAGUCUCAAGGAAAGCUUCCAGGUUGAAGGCCAAUUCGGUACGUUAGGUUUCGUGAAAGGUAUUGCGGCAGGUCCGGCUUCCUCGAAUUCGGAUGUUGUGAGACUGCUGCUUGACGCGGGUGCUGUCUUAUAUUGCAAGACAAACAUUCCACAGACAAUGAUGACCGCUGACUCGGAGAAUAACAUAUUUGGCCGGACCUUGAACCCACAUAAAACAACCCUCACUGCAGGAGGCUCAUCGGGCGGUGAGGGUGCUCUGGUCGCUUUCAGGGGCUCAAUACUAGGUGUAGGUACUGACAUAGCUGGCUCAAUCCGCAUCCCAUCGUUGUGUUGCGGUAUUUACGGAUUCAAGCCCAGUAUCAAUCGCAUCCCAUAUGGUGGCCAGGCUCCUUUUCCUUACCCAAUGCUUCGCGUUCCAGGUGGUAUUGCCCCUGCGGCCGGACCUCUAGCCCAUUCAGUCGAGGAUCUUGAGCUUUUCAUGCGCACUGUCAUCGGAACAGAAAACUUGAACGCGUCACGCUACGAUCCUCAGUCCUUGCCGUUAGUCUGGCGCGACCUCGAAACGGUCGGAGAGAAAAAACAAUUGACUAUUGGCUUGCUAGCAGAAGACCCCGAGUACCCUCUACAGCCACCAGUGCGGCGAGCUUUUCAGGAAGCUGCUCUGCGACUCACCCAUGCGGGCCAUCGCCUUGUGGUCUUGCCGCACAAUGCGACUAGCAGCGGCGCUGGACUCGGUGGCCGUCUUAGCUUCCAGUAUUAUGCGAUAUUACCACCAGGUCCCGAUGUCAAGCCACUAGACGAGAUUCUGGGCGAGCCACUUGUGGCAUCGGUAGCUAAGGGUGUGCAUCCUUUCACAGGAGGUUUCCCAGUCAAUCCAGCGCUGGACCUGCCACAGCGUCUUCAUGAGUUGACUGAAGCACGCGAUGCCUAUACGGCUGCUUGGCAUGGUAUAUGGCAGGCGCAUGCAUUGGAUGUGGUUUUGGCACCUGGUGCGGCUACUACCGCCGUACCACAUGAUUCUUACGGCGUGCCCGUAUAUACGUGCAUGUGGAACCUGAUUGAUUAUCCGGCUGGAAUUAUUCCGUUCGGCAAGUCAUCUAGAGAGCUCGACCCCCAACCACAGAAGGCAGUGGGUCCAUUCGAGCCACACUAUGACCCGGACGCAUGCGAAGGAGCUCCGUGUGCGGUGCAAGUGGUUGCCCCGCGACUUCAAGAUGAAGAGUGUUUGCGAGCAAUGCGCAUCAUCGACAAAGUUCUCAACGACCCAUCGUCCUUCACUCCUCCAAUUCCACCCCAGUAG